AUGGCGGCCCCCAGCAGCCGGUGAGGAGAGAGGAGGACACGGGGAUCCUGGGGAGCGGCCGGACUGUUCCGUUAUGGCCGCAUCCCCGCACACUGUUUCCUCACGCCUCCUGACAGGUCGGGUAGGAGGAUGUGUCCGGUAUCUAGAGAGAAGAGCGAUGCAGGAAUCCCCUCACACAUUCGUGCAUCUUUUCAGGAGCGUCCGUAAGCAGUGGAUUACAUUUCAGCACUUGACCUUCCUCAGGCGCAUGUAUGUCACACAACUGAACAGAAGCCUCAACCAGCAAGUAAAACGGAAGCCAGAACCCGUGGCAUCUCCUUUCCUUGAGAAAACACCUUUGGGUCAGGCCAAAGCAGAAAUCUGUGAAAUGAGACCUCUUCCGCCCCCCAGACUACCUUUAUCCAGAAAAUCAGGUGAAAAAGAAUUGCUCGAACUGGAAUCAGCCUCCAUAGCUGAAGGCUCGCUAGAUGCGGGGACAGAGACAAAGGAUGAAAAGCACUGGAAAGAGAUGAAGUUGCAUCUGGACGAUUUGCCAGGAAUUUUGGCGCGGCUGUCCAAAAUCAAACUCACAGCUCUGGUCGUCAGCACCACUUCAGCCGGAUUUGCGCUGGCCCCAGGACCUUUUGACUGGUCCUGCUUCCUGCUUACUUCUCUGGGCACAGGCCUUGCGUCCUGUGCUGCCAACUCCAUCAAUCAGUUUUUCGAGGUGCCGUUUGAUUCAAACAUGAAUAGGACAAAGAACAGACCUCUGGUUCGUGGACAGAUCAGCCCGCUGGUCGCUGUGACCUUCGCCACUUGCUGUGCCGUCCCAGGGAUUGCCCUCCUGACCUGGGGGGUGAACCCCCUCACGGGAGCCCUGGGGGCCUUCAACAUUUUCCUGUACACUUGCUGCUACACCCCGCUGAAGAGGAUCAGCAUCGCCAACACGUGGGUGGGCGCCGUGGUCGGGGCCGUGCCCCCCGUCAUGGGCUGGACCGCGGCUACCGGCGGCCUGGACGCAGGAGCCUUUCUCCUGGGAGGGAUCCUCUACUCGUGGCAGUUCCCCCACUUCAACGCGCUGAGCUGGGGCCUCCGCGAAGACUACUCCCGCGGCGGCUACUGCAUGAUGUCGGUCACGCACCCGGCCCUGUGCCGGCGCGUCGCGCUGCGCCACUGCCUGGCCCUGAUCGCACUGUCCGCCGCCGCGCCCGCGCUCCAGGUCACCACGUGGGCCUUCCCAGUCAUCUCCCUCCCCAUCAACCUGUACAUUUCCUACCUCGGCUUCCGGUUCUACGCCGACGCGGACCGGAAGAGCUCCCGGAAGCUGUUCUUCUGCAGCCUGUGGCACCUGCCCUUGCUCCUGCUGCUCCUGCUCACCUGCAAGCGGCCCCUGGGCGCGGGCGGGGCCGCGGGGGAGCCUCAGGGUUGAGACCCCCGGGGGCGCGCGGGGGAAAAGAAAACAGGAGAAAAAACGCGGACAGGGAGACGCACUCUUUUCUGCCUC